AAAAUUGCUAUUGCCUUCAUUUGCAGCACUUCCUCUGUUGAUGGCAUAUGCUGGACAUACAACUAUCAUAAUACCAAAGCCCCUUAUUCCAUAUGUGGGUCUAAAGGUUUUAGAUCUAGGAUGGAUAUAUAAACUAUAUAUGGGACUUUUAGCAGUAUUUUGUACAAACUCUAUCAACAUUCAUGCUGGCCUAAAUGGCCUUGAAGCUGGGCAGACAGUUGUCAUUGCAUCUGCUAUCUUGAUACAUAAUGUGAUGCAAAUUGGAGCAUCUACAGUUCCUGAAUAUCAACAAGCUCAUGCAUUCUCUAUUUACCUUAUCCAGCCUUUGCUCACAACUUCAUUGGCCUUACUUUGUUACAACUGGUAUCCUUCUUCAGUUUUUGUGGGUGACACCUACACUUACUUUGCUGGGAUGACCAUGGCCGUAGUUGGCAUACUGGGACACUUCAGUGAAACACUCCUGAUCUUCUUCAUGCCACAAGUUCUAAAUUUCCUCUUAUCAUUCCCUCAGCUUAUUGGCUACUAUAAAUGUCCACGACAUCGUUUGCCAAGCUUUGAUCCUCAGACAGGAUUGCUUACUGGGACAGAUGAUGGAACACUUGUCAACAAAUUUUUAAGAUGGUUUGGCCGAGCAACAGAGAAAUCACUUUGCCUACGGCUUCUUGCUUUCCAGGUUUUUGGGUGCUGCAUCUGUUUUCUGCUUAGGCAUUUGCUUGCCGGUUGGUACAAAUGAAGCAUCAACAAACUUGAAACUGUACCUUCAUCUUGCUGUUAUGAUGGAACCCUAACUCUGAACCAGCUGAGUCUUUUUUUUUGGAGUCUAGCCUUAAGUUUAUAUUUAGCUACAACAAAAAUUAGCAGCAGAUAGGUUAAGAGGCAUACCUGGCCAUGAAAACAAAAUUCUCUUCUGCCAGUUGUGAGCUCAUGUGGGAUACGAUGGAGCCUGGGAUGGAUUAAGGUCUGAGCUUUUUCCCUCAGAGCUGAUUUAUUUUGUCAAUGUUUGUAUAUUUAUUUUACUUUUAAAUAGGAAUUUUGUGGGCAAUAAUAGUUCAUUAAUGGUUACUGUUACAAGUUUUGGGGUGUUUGAAAAUAUGGUUAAAUAUAAAGUGGCAAUUGGAAUGACAUUUUUACCCUGUGCCUUUAUUUCCUCA